AUGGGACUGUCAAAGAGCGAUAUUCGAGCAAUUGUGCUAUUCAACUUCAAAAUAAGAUGUAAAGUAGAUGAAACUGCUCGCGAUAUCAACGAAAUGUUUUGGGAGGAAAUGACCAGUGGGUGGUCACCUCGAAAAGGGUUUGAACGAUUUCGCUGUGGAAUCAUGAGUCUUGAAGAUCGUGAUAGCAGUGGACGUCCAUCUGUCAUCAAUGACGGUCAAUUAAAAACCCUCUUUGAGAAAGUUUCAGGUAAAGCCACUCGAGAACUAGUUAAAGAACUUCAAGUUAGCCAGAAAACUGUCUGCAAAACUGUCCGAACCCCAUGCUCGACAAAUGGGUACCACAUGAUUCGAAUGAAAAUCAGAAAGAGCGCAAAUAUGAAAUUUGUUCAUCAAUUCUUCUCCGUAAGUAGACGAUCCAUUUCUCGAAAGUAUUGUAACUUGCGAUGA